AUGCUACAAAUAUUUGAGGGACGUGUUACAAUACAUCAACACGUUGUGGUGUAAGGCACACAGACCACAAACACGACGGGUGGAGAAGAAGGCAAAGACGGUACGGAGGAAGCGUUUAUUUACAGGAAGCCAGACUCAAAUUACCCGGGUACAAAAUGAACUAUGAUAACAGAAAUAAUGAGCAGUUACCUUCUAGUAAUAGAUUUAAUUCACGAACAGGUGGAACCUUUCGUCGCGGAUCUCGUUAUUCAGUAGGUUUGUCGACGGGGAAUAAUAUGAAUACACGUCCUUCAGUAAACUAUUAUAAUAAUCGUUCGGAUUAUUAUAAUAGAUAUAGAACAAAUGGCCGUCGAGGCCGCCCAUUUAGGACGAAUAGUCGGUGUAUAAGUAAUCGUGGCUCUUCCACCUCGUUUGUCGGGGAUUCUAAUAGCAGAAGUCACCCAGUUGCUGAGUCGGUUCCACAAUCCACAACUAGUAUAGAUCACUUCGAAGGAUCUGUAUUCCCAGCUCAUGACGGAUCUUCGGACAGUGAUAACUCAAGCUCUAUCACCAAAAUUUCAAUCAGUGCUCCGAUGUUGCCAACCGGAACUAAAUUUCAGGAUAAUUUAAGGAAUAACCUUAUUGAUGGAUUGCGCAAUAGCACGUAUGAAUGUAUGAUAUGCAUUUCAAAGAUUCGUAUAAAGGAUUCUGUGUGGUCAUGCGCUACGUGUUAUCAUAUUUAUCACCUGUCAUGUAUUAAGUCAUGGGCAAAAUCUCAAGUGAAUAGUGCCGUAUCGACUCCAACUCCUUGUUGGCACUGUCCAUCGUGUCAAACAGAUUAUGAAACACCAUUUUACUUACUUUUCUACCAGUGCUUUUGUGGACGCACCCGAAAUCCUGAGUUUCAUCCCGCCCGUAAUACAGUACCACAUGGUUGUGACCAGCUUUGCAAUAAAGUGAAGCGUUUACUUUCUGCACAUAAUUUACCUAGCAAUUCAGUGGCUGAUUAUCGGUGUCCCCAUCGCUGUACAGAAUUAUGUCAUCCAGGUCCGUGUCCUCCAUGUCUGCAUUCUGUCACUUUGAGUUGUCCUUGUGGAAAGUUUCAACGUUCUGGUAUUUGUGGUGAUCCUAGUCCCCCACCUUGUGGACAGAUAUGUGGGCGUCAACUUCCUUCAUCUCUCUGUGCAGCGGGUGUCCAUGUGUGCCUGGAACGUUGUCAUUAUGGACCUUGUUCACCUUGUCGUUGGAAAAUACAAACAACUUGUUUUUGCGGUCAAGUUGAACGAAAGUUAAUGUGUAACAGUCGUGAAGCCAAACAAUGCAUUUUUUCUCAUGAAGAUUUGGAGAUUUUACGUGCAGCAGCUGUAGAACUUCAGAAGAGCAUGGAUUUUACUAAAUUAACUGAUAUGAUGAAACGAAGUUGUAUACCACUAGGCGAUGAUAUUAUUGAUAAUGAUUCAUCUGUAACAGAACAAUGGGUUGAUGUUCAAGUUUUCCCACCUGAUGCAUUAUUAGCAAAACUCGGUUCAACAUUUUCAUGUCAUCAACCUUGCAACAGUCUCUUAAACUGUAAUUUCCAUAAAUGUACGAACUACUGUCAUUCUGGAAAAUGUCCACCAUGUUUAUUAGAUCCGAAAUGGUGCUUAAAUUGUCCAUGUGGGAAAACGCCUCUUUCUAAAUUGGUAUCAUCCGGUUCUUUGUAUGGAGAUAGAAAGUCAUGUACUGACCCUCUACCUACAUGUCCAAAUGUAUGUGAACGCCGCCAAUUACUGUGUGAUCACCCUUGCCCUGAAUAUUGUCAUGUUGGUUCUUGUCCACCCUGUAAAUUGUCAAUUUCUUUAAAAUGCCGUUGUGGACAUACUUCUAAGACGCUAACGUGUGAUGAAUUCUCUAAACUAACCGAAACACAAGAUGGUAUAUCAGAAUUCACAUGCGAACGGAUGUGUAAAAAGCGACUAACUUGUGGUCGGCAUAAAUGUAAAGCUAAAUGUUGCAAUGAUACUGUACAUUCAUGUUCCGAAGUUUGUGGUCAUCGACUGUCUUGUCAAAUACACUAUUGUGAAGAACAGUGUCAUUCAGGUCCAUGUAAUUCUUGUUGGCGGGGUGUAAUUUAUUCAGAAUUAGUAUGUCGUUGUGGUUAUACAGUACUACAUCCUCCACAACCAUGCGGUACUACUGGACCUGAAUGUAAUCAACCGUGUAAUCGUAUGCAUAACUGUGAUCAUCCAGUUAGACACACCUGCCAUAAUGAACCUACCUGUCCACCUUGUACCAUUCUUGUGACCAAAGAUUGUCCAGGAGGACACGGAAUAAAAUUCAAUGUCCCAUGUUUUCAAGAGAUUCAAAGCUGUGGCCGAACUUGCAACAAACCACUUCCAGGUUGUUCACAUAGUUGUCAACGUAAGUGUCAUGCUGGCCCUUGUCUUGAUUCUACAGACAGUAGUGCUUUAUGCACACAGUUAUGUCAGAAACCACGUCCUGGUUGUGGUCAUCCCUGUGGUCUACCCUGUCAUGAAGUCGAUAAACUAUCUUGCAUGGAAGCUGCCAAUAACUGUAGUUCAAAAACCCAAUUACUUUGUUCUGCAUUAGUAGAUGUUGUUUGCCCAUGUGGUAAGCGCAAAGAAAGUCAGUACUGUCAUGAGGUUUACACAAAACAGUUUUUGCUUUUUGAGCAUAAACAAAGUGUAUCAGAGGAAUCAACAAUAAUUCGUCCACUCCAUGCUAAUGAUAGUUCAAUGAAAUCUAUUCCCCUAUUGGCUUGCAAUGAUCAAUGCAUUGAUCAUCCAAAAUCAGAUGUCACUGGUCGUUAUGCUGAUACAAGUACAUGGAAAAGGGGAUUUGUGAAUAACUGUGAUAUUGUACCAUCUAACUCAGAACAAGAUGCUCCAUUUGAUCCUCCAGACUACCCUCAACAUUUAAAAGAAUUUGCAUUACGAAAUCUCGUAUUCGUUGAAAAUAUUGAAAAGCAAUUAAAAAGCAUGGUUCUUGAAUUCUUGAAAUCAAAUGUGGAAGAAGUUACUUGGAAGAAUCGCACAGAUCAUCCUCGAGUGGUUAACCAUUAUUUCCCACCAAUGAAUAAGAAAAAACGCCGGUUUAUUUGUGAUAUUGUUGAAUUUUAUGGAAUGGAGGCGUCUGUAUGUGGUAUAGAUCCUAAUCGUCAUGUAAUGGUGAUCGCUAGGCGUGGUUAUUCUAAGCUACCUGGUGGAGCGAUAGAUAAUCGAGGCAGUUUGAUUAAUACACUUAAACGAGAAUACGCUGGGACUAUUAAAUUCCCCGAUAAACAAAAGACGUUGGAUAAAAAUGCUACACGCGAAUGUCAUAUAUUGCCUAAUUCAAACAUAUCAACUAUAUCUUAUGCUCAGAUUCUGAGUGGUAAGCACUCAGAAUGACAUACUCAGUACAAUAUUUGACAAAUUCUUUCAUUAUUUUUGCAUAAAUUUGUUUCUGUGGAUUUUCUUAGCUCCAUACUUCAUGUGACUUUGUUAUCAUUAUUAGAUUAUAUGCAGUUUGACGUACACAAUGUUUAAUAUGCGUGUUGAGCUACAAGUUUGACUUACAUUGUGGCUGAAAAAUCGUAUGCAGUAUCGCUCAAGAACAAAUCUACUCAAGUCACCACACCUUCUUCAUACCUUUUACUUUAAGUAGUCAGCAUGUGUGAAGUCCGCUCGUCCUACCAGUUCACGCAGCUGCGGGAAUUACACUUUAGAUGUACACAAAUAUAUAUUAUUGCAGUGGAUCUGGUAAAUUUUAAAAAUAAAAUAUGCAAUCAGUUCGCUACCUGAGACUUGCUUGAAGUUGGAGGGAAUAUUAUAACGUGUAUAUUGUCAAGGUGAAGAAAUACGAAGAGAGAAAAAUGAUGCGACCACAGAAAAGAAGUAAGAGUGCUUCCCUGAAAAAAAUGGUAGUUUAGACUAGCGAAAUAACAAAGCUUAUGAAUUUCGUGCAAAUGCAUAAUAUUAGCGAUGAUACAAAAUAAUGGAGUAAAAGUCGCAUUUAUUCGAAUAACUGCAUGGAAGUAGUAUUAAAUAUGUUGUGUACCUUUAGCGAUACAAUUCAUUAUUCUGAAGACACUUUUUGGUCACAUUAUUUUUUUAUUCCUUUACGUUCCCAGUGGGACAUAGGACUUCAAACUAGAGGCUUAAGGUUUCAGUAGCAGUGAUGUUUAUUUUUUAUGGGAUCGGGUUGCUAACCUCGUGCCCAACCUUCCCUCUUUACCAGUCUUAGUAAUGGCUUAGUGAGGUAAAGUUGCUCGUCGGUCGGGGGGAUUGAACCCCGGACCGCAUGUGUAGUUGGCAAGCAUUCUGCCGCUAUGCCACCGACGCCCUUGGGUCACAUUAGGAAAUGCUUAACCAUAUAUUCAUCGUUAUCGCUAAAAAGAGGCUAACUGUCUUUGACCAGAGAUGUUAACAUCCCAUAUUUCGUGCUAAGUGAUGUACUAUGGUGAGUAAUAUUGAGGUUGGGCAACUCUAUCCUUAAGGUUGUGAUGCUACAUCGAUUAAGAUGGCUAGGGUACGUGUGUUACACACAACAAGCCGCCGUCUUUUUGUUAACUGAUAUGCGACUGGGUUGGAAAAGAGUUAGAGGUAGAUAUGAUAGAGAAGAUUUGUA